CCCAACCAAGAAAUCAUAACAGAAAAACAUUAAAAAAAAAAAAAAAAAAAAGCGCCAUGGUCUUUGUGACAGGAAACUCUUUCUAUGUACAGCCUUCUCUCUCAUACCCACUUUCUCUCUCAUCCUCCUCCAGGUCCGUUUUGUUCUACUCUUUUCCGAGAAAUGCGGAGGCCAAGCGAAGCACUGUGGCAAUGGCGUCCACCAGAGAAGAAGAAGAUGAGUCCUCAAUUGAAGGAAAAAUGUCAUGCCAAAGAAGGGCCUUUCUCUUUGUGGCUAUUUCGGUUAUUCCCUUCUUCAAACUGACGGCCAGAGCUCUUGAUCCACCAUUGUUAGCCAUAAGAAAAAGGGCCAGAGCUCUUGACGGUUUCCCCACAACUAAAGAAGCUGAGCCAAAGGUAUCCGAGGAGAACCAAAAGGCAGAGGACCCACAACCAAGGACUACAGCUCUUGAAGUCUUGCCCACAAAAGAAAGUGAAGUAAAGCCUUCGGAGGAGAGCCAAAAUGCAGAGGAACUUCAAAAAGAGGCACCAUCAAAUGGAUUUGUUUCUCUCCUAAGCAGUCUCGGCAUAUUCGGUUCUGGUGUGCUUGGUGCACUCUAUGCGUUGGCUCAGAAAGAAAAAGCAGAAAGUGAUGCAACAAUAGAAUCUAUGAAGGCCAAAGUGAAAGAGAAGGAAGCUGCCAUUGUCUCGUUAGAGAACAACUUCCAAUCAAAGCUUCUCAGUGAACAAGAAGAGAGAACCAAACAACUUGGAAAGGCAAAGGAAGAGCAGCUAUCUCUGUUAAACAAACUAAAUUCGGCAAACAGUACGAUUGCAGGCUUAGGGCAGGAGAUAAAGAGUGAGAAGAGAUUGAUAGAGCAGCGUAAAGUUCAAAUCAACAGUCUCGAAAUUGAACUUUCAAAGGCUGCGGCAGAUAAGAAGACCCUUGAACAAAAUCUGAAGGAAAACCUGGACCUGAUUGAAGUCCUAGAAGAAAGGAUAAAUUCACUCAACUUAGAGCUGAAGGAUAGAGAAGUCAAUGUGCAGAAUCUCAGAUCCUCUCUUGCUGAUAAGGACUUGGAGUUGCAGAACUUGGAAACUGCCAACAAGCAAAUAAAUGAUGAACUGGCUAAUGCAGGUUCAGAAAUCCAAGAGUUGAAGGAUGAGCUCUCGAAAAAUCAAAAGGAAAUAGAGUUAAAGAACUCUGUAGUUGAGGAACUAAAUGCAACUGUAAGUUCUUUAAGCAUUGAGAAGGAUAGUUUCAAGGGGAAAUUGGAUAACAUUCAGAGGGAAUACAAUGAUUUAAAAUUGGCCUCCCAAAAAAAGGCAGCUUCAGAUGCUGAGAUUUUGGGAGAAAAAGAGGAGGAGCUUCAUCGGUUAAAGGAAAAUCUCGAAAUUGCUUUUGGUGAGGCUUGUGAAAGCCAGGAAGUAAUUGCUAAGUUGACCCAAGAGAGGGAAAAUUUGAGGGAAGUUCUCAAUGCAGAAUCAAACAAGGUAAGUAAUCUGAACCACGAGCUUCAUAUUGCACAAGAAAGUCUUGGGAAAUCGAGAGAUGAGGCCUUGGAUCUUGAGAACCAAUUAAUUACAUCGAAUAGGACAUGCAAAGAACUCGAGGCUGAGGUUUCUAGAGUUCAGGCAGAGUUUGCUGAAGUUAAGGCUACAUUGCAAAGGAGUCUUGAUGAGGCUAAAUCAAGUGGUGAAGUGUUAGCUAGUGAGCUAAAUGCAGUGAAGGAAAUUCUGAAGAAUACAAAAGAGGAACUUCAAAAUGUGUUGAGCGAGCUAGCUGCUGUCGUUGAAAACUGGGAUAGCCUGAAGCGAGAAUUGGUUGACGUCUACAAGAAGGCUGAAACUGCAGCAAAUGAUUUAAAGGAAGAGCAGAAGACUGUCUCCACUUUGAACAAAGAAAUACAAGCCCUGGAGAAGCAACUGGUGAAGGAUAAGGAGGCCAGAAAAUCUCUCGAAACAGACCUUGAAGAGGCUACUAGAUCCCUUGAUGAGAUGAACCGAAAUGCGUUGACACUCUCUAGAGAUUUAGAGCAGGCUAAUUUCCGGAUUUCGGAACUCGAGGAUGAGAAGCAGGUGCUCUAUCAGUCUCUAACUGAGCAAAAGAACUUGUCGAGAGAGGCCAGAGAAAACAUGGAAGACGCACAUGACCUUGUCAUGAGACUCGGCAAGGAAAGGGAGACUUUGGACAAGAGAGCAAAGAAACUUGAAGAAGAAUUGUCUUCAGCCAAGGGUGAAAUAUUGCGGUUAAGGAGCCAGAUAAAUUCAUCAAAAGCUGCCAUAAAUAACGAGAAGCCACAAAAAGCUGAAGCUGAAGGCAAUGUCACAGCUUCUGUGAAGAGAGUUAGUAGAAGGAGACGAACUAGUUCACAAUAAAGUAAGUCAGAUAUCCAGCUCUGCUAAAUCAUCUUUUGAAGCCAGUUGUUUUUCUCAAGGAUUUCUUUUUUAUGGCCUUUGGAUUUUUUCCCAAUAAGAGUGCAAUGUAUAGUGAAAGAAUUCUGUUGUAUUUCAUAAUAGACACACGUUUUUGUAUAUUUUCAGUGCUCUUAUCAAUUCCAUGACUUGAUAACGUAGGUUCAAUCACUUCCUUAUAGUUGGUUUUCG